ACGAGAACCAGCCGCCAUUUUGUUUGCUCCCAGGACGAUGUGGCCGAGUCUCUGUGCCACCGCCCUGGUGGUGCUGCUGCGAGCGGGCCGCAGCACCGGGCUCCUGGCCCCGCGGAGCCCCACGAGCAGUAAGGUUGCCGCGGCUGGGAGUUGCUGGAGGCCGGGGGGGGCCCUCAGGCACCGCAGAGCUCCGGGACCUGCGCUGCGCAUGCGCGUGCGCGCGCUGCCCGCUCUUGGCAACCCAAUGUUCCUUCGCUCUUUGGUGCGACUCGAGCGCGCUUGCGCAGAGAUGAGUUUCCCCGCCCCCGCCCCCGCCCCGAGUUUCCUGGCCCAUGAGUCCGCGCGACAGUCUUCCCAGGUCGCUCCAGCGCCUGCGCGACAUAACCCGCGAUCCCCGAGCGGCGGCGGGGCGCGUCUGCGAGGCUCCGGCUGCGGCUGCUGGUGGAGGGGCGGGCAGCUUCCUCGCUGCACCCACCCCCCUUGGGCUGCAGCCGGAGACGCGGCGUGGGGUCGCUCUGGUGCAAGUGCAUCAGGCCAUAAAGUAUUUGGCCCGUGGCCCAAGUAGGAGGUUGGGGGGCUACGAGAGAGCAUGAGGUUGUACCCGAGAGUAUUUCAAGUGAUUCGGAAAAGGAUUUCAGGACGUGUCAGGCACAACCCGUGCCUACGUGAUCACAGGCAUAAUCGGGAGGUGUGUGGAGAGCGGGUACUGGUGGAUACGAUAUCAGGACCUCGGAUUGUAGGUGGACAUGAUGCACAGCUCGGAGCAUGGCCGUGGGACCCAUACGACUGGAGGGUUGUGAUUGGCCUUCAUGAUGUUUCCAGACCUGAGAGACAUACUGUGAAAAGUAGUGUGAGGGAGAUUUUUGUCCAUUCAGAAUUCAGGAUACAGACAUUUGAAAAUGAUAUUGCAUUAUUUAAACUAUAUAAAUCUGUAAACUACAAUGACUAUAUUCAGCCCAUCUGCUUACCCUUUGUUCACAUUCAUCUAAACAUCAACAACCAAACAGAGUGCUUCAUAAGUGGUUGGGGAAGCAUUGCAGAGAAAGGUGAAGGCUCACCUAUAUUACAAGAAGCUCAAGUAGACAUUAUUCCUUCUGAUAUUUGUAAUGGUUUUGAAUGGUAUGCAGGGAUGAUUAAUAAUAAUAUGUUUUGUGCUGGCUUGGAAUCUGGAGGUAUCGAUAGCUGUCAGGGAGAUAGCGGUGGACCAUUAGUGUGCUAUCAUCUAGAUACCAGCAAAUAUUAUCUGAUAGGGAUUACCAGUUUUGGAUUUGGAUGUGGCCGACCCAAACUUCCUGGGAUCUAUGUACGUGUGUCUCGAUACAAAAAGUGGAUAAGUGCUCAUCUUAUAAGUGCCACCAGGACCCUGAGCAUUACACUUGCUCUGAUUCUCUUGACUGUGGGAUGGACAGCACACUAUCAUUUGAUUGCACUAGAGACUUCAGAGACCUCUCUGAGAUUGCCACUUGAACUCUGCAUGAACAGGCAGCCACUCAUGAUUUUUAUGAAUUCGUAUCCUUAAUGAAUGUGUGUAAAUGCUACUUGUUUAGUAAAAAGCAUGUUUUUUUCUUUUAUCUAACCAACCCCCCUAUGUACACAUCCUGUCAAAAAACAUUAUUUUUUGGAAAUAUUAUCACAGGUAUUAUAAGUAAAAACUAUGCACAAUAGAGAAAGAUACUGUACAAUUGCAUUAGUAUAUUCUAUGGGGCUUGAACUUUGCAAGCAUGAUGAAAACCAGUCUGUUUUAUAGAAUGUUGUUAUAAGGUUAUAGUUGUUGUUCAUUAAAUAAAGGACCAUUAAAGAAAAUGUACAUUAUAGUGGUUGGCUGGCACAGCGGUCCCUUGUUAAGGUAAGGCAGAACAUUUAUAAUUUAAGAAAAUCAUAAUGUGUAUUCUAUUCUAGGCUUAAAGGGACAUUGUCAUGUAAGUGAUUAUUCAAUAUUGUAACAUCUUAGCAUCUUUAAAAUAAAAUGUAUUUUCCACCCAGA